AACGUUUUUAAGUUUAUUUGUGCCAUGGGUUAUGUUAAUAGCAUACGGUCUGAGUAUAUUUAAUCCAAUUGUUGAGAUAUAUGCAACCAAUAGCGAAAUCAUUCAUUCUUCAAUGGCUGAAAAAUUAUACGAUAUGAUGAAAUCAGAUGCAUUAAAUUUGUUGAUAUCAUUUCAUAUGUAUUUCAUAGGUCACAUGUUAGCCAGCAUUUCGGCAGCUUAUGGUGCCUUAACGAUACAAAAAUACUUCCUUAUACCAAUGAUCAUAUGUGAGCUCAUACGAUUUAUAAUGGCUUUGUUUGCACACACUCUACUAAUGAUGGCUUGCAAGCAUAUGUUAGAUUUGGGCUUAUUAAUCACCUUUACAUUGUUGGGCGGUUUUAUUGUAUUGUAUUUUGGUUACGGUUUUUGUACAUGUGUGGCAUUAUAUCAAAUUAUCGGCUUAAUUAACUCUUCAAAAUAUAAAAAGUUAUAUGGCGAUGAUCCCUUUAAUCCCUUGGUUCCACUAUCACCGGACAGAACAGCAUUGCCGCUGUCAGUUGGCAAUUCCAGUGAUAAAAUGACAUUAACAUCGAAUAAUAUACGCACUGUGAAGGCCGUAUCUCCCCCUAAAACAUUCAUUAGGAAAACUAAACCAGUUAUUAUAUCGGUAUUGCCCCCAAAUUUUAAAAGCAAUCAAUAUAAAAAUGUCAAUAAUAAUAAGCGAAUGAAUUGGUCCAAGUUUAGACCUAUACAAUCACCGGGAAAGCAAGAGCAAGAGCAAGAAUGCCGUCGUAAUCAUAAUGUGAAUUAUAAUUAUUGGCAAUGGUCGGAAUUGGCGCCUCAAUCUUUGUACAAUGCAAAUAAACGAACUAUUUUCUACUUUAAUGAUGAAUCGGAAAACAUUAGAGAUAGAGAUAGCUUACAGAACAAUUUUAGAUACAAUUAUUUUUAACCUUUGGAUUUAUUAAAGUUUAAUAUUUU